ACGAUAAAUAUAAUUGUAUAAAUACCGAGAGGGCGCUGUAGGUGGAGAAAGGUUAGAGGAAAUCUGGAGAUAACUUGAUUUGUAAACAUUGGGAAUGGCACACAUAAAAACUCCUCUGACAGAUCUGUUUGGCCAGUAUGGAGUUUCUCUUGCUGGACGCCGCUGUAGAGAUUUUGAAAUGAAUGUGGUCGAAUGUCUCGAAGCUUAUGGAUUUAACAAAGGAAAAGUGAAAUGCAAAGAUGAGAUUGAUGACUAUAAUGAGUGUACUUUUGCUUUUAAACAGAUGAAGCGCGUGAUGGAGAUGCAGGCGGAGAGAAAACGGCGAUGGAAGAACAAGGAAAACGCCGGAAAGGAAUAUUACGCCCCGCCCCCCAAGAUCGACAGCUUCGAAGACGUUUACCAAUGAAGAAUUCCCGAGGGUAGCCGCGCGGCGUCCGGUAGAACGUCGACCGAUCCUUUCUUAGUCCCCAGCAGAAUUGUAUUCCGGACCAAUAAAUAACGUACGAUAGCGCCA